AUGACGGCCGACAUUGCGAGGUCGCAACAGAAUGCGUUCGCGCAGCCCUUCGCGCUCAGCGCUCGUUAUGCUGCCGACCGCGGCGAUGCUCCCAAGGGCGAGGACGACUUCGUUCCCGAUCUCAAUGUGCGACUGAUCUGCCGCGACUGCAAGACGGAUCCGCCGAACCUGGCCGAAGAGUUUGACUCGGGCGACCUGGUUUGCGCUGACUGCGGACUUGUGGUGGGCGAGAACAUCAUCGACACGCGAUCGGAAUGGCGUACGUUUGCCAACGAGGACGGCGAUGACCCGUCGCGUGUGGGAGCGGCCAGCAAUCCGCUGCUGGAUGGUAUUAAUGAGCAACUCGAGUCGCGCAUCGGCUACCGCGAUGGUGGCUCGGGAGCCUCGCGCGACCUGCAGAGGACGAUGAACCGUGCGACCGGCACGCGGGACCGGAACAUGUUGGACGCAUUUGAAGACAUCCAGCGCAAAUGCGACUCGAUCCACUUGCCGCGCACAGUGUCGGAUGUGGCCAAGCAGGCGUACCGACGAGUCGAGGAGGAGAAGAUCCUGCGUGGCAAGAAGCCGGAUGCCAUCAUUGCCGCUGCGAUCUACGUGGCAUGCAAGAUGAACCACGUGCCGAGAACGUUCCCAGAGAUCUGUUCGCUCACGAGCGUGUCCAAGAAGCACAUUGGCCAGUGUUUCAAGGAGAUGCAGCAGGCGUUCGGACUGAAUGCGACCGGCACGGGCUCUGUCGAUGGCUCGCGAGCGAGUGCAAACAACAGUGGCACGUCGACGCCGAUUGGCAUUGGUCCGACGGGCGCCGCGGAUCUGGUUGGACGAUACUGCAACCACCUCGGCCUGGAGAUGCGCGUUACACGCUCGACCGAGGACAUUACGGCGCGGGUGCGCGAGUUGGGCGUGCUGGCGGGACGAAGCCCGAUCACGAUUGCUGCUGCGUGCAUCUACUUUUCGACGCUGCUUUGGGGCGUGGACAAGGGAGCCAAGCGGAUCAGCCAGGCUGCGGGUGUGAGCGACGUGACGAUCAAAAACUCGUUCAAGGAGCUGCUCAAGCACAAGGACACGAUCGCCACGCCCGAACUGCUCGCCAAGCACCCUCAGAUGGACAUCUCGCGCCUCGACGUGUAG